AUGGGCGAGGAGAGACCGUGGGGCCUGAAGUGUGGACUUCAUCCCAUUGACCUGAACAGCCCAAAGGAUGCUCUGCUGCUGGGAUUCUUCUUUCUAAUUGUUGGAGGGAGAGAGUUGGUGCCUGGAGGGCAGCCCUGGCAGCGGGCGGACAGGCAGGAGCAGAGCAUCCCUGUCUCACGUGUCAUCAUCCACCCCGCAUUCAACCGGCUGCACUACAUGGAUUGGGACGUGGCCCUGCUGCACCUGCAGCACCGGGCCCAGUAUGGGGAUGAGGUUCAGCCCAUCCGCCUUCCCCACAAGGAUGAAGACUUCUAGGCUGGGACACUGUGUGUGGCUAGUGGCUGGGGCAAGCUGUCUGAGGACGAGUCAAAUGCGGCUGGGGUGCUGGCUCCUGUCCUGUGGGAGGUGGAGCUGCCCCUCACUGCCCGCCAGGCCUGCAGCGUGCUGCUGAGGGGCAAACCACUGGGCUCCAUGCUGUGCGCUGGCUUUCCCGAUGGCGGGAGGGACACGUGCAAGGGUGACUCCGGAGGCCCCCUUGCACGUCUGAGGACUGGCGGCACCUGGACUCUGGCCGGUGUGGUGUCCUGGGGGAUUGGUUGUGCCAGAGGAUGGGAUACCCUCAAGGGAAGCACCACGGCCCAGGGCUCACCAGGCACCUUCUCCCGGGUGGCUGUGUUCGUGGACUUCAUUGCCCAGCACAUGGCACCAGCUGCUGUGCCAAGCCCUCUCCCUGUGCCAGCGGAGUGCAGUUCCCAAGGCAUCCCGCUCUUUGGAGAAAGUGGCCGCAUUCGGUACCUCCAGGCUGUGGAGGAUAAUUACCCUGACAAGAGCCUCUGCACCUGGAAUAUAACAGUGCCAGAGGACAAAAGCAUCUUGAUACACUUCACCAAAUUAGAUGUAGAGUACCAAGUUGGAUGUGACCAUGACUAUGUGUCCCUCUAUUCAAACGGAAGAGAGCUGAUCAGUAAAUCCUGUGGGAAUGUGUUCCCAGCCCCUGUGCUGGCAGGGUCGGACCAGACCACCAUUACAUUUGUUUCUGAUGGGAGCAACACUGGCUGUGGCUUUCAGCUCACCUUCAUGGCUGUCCAUAAGGACUCUGAAGCGGGUUCGGGCUGUGGGAGUGUCGCGAUGUUAGUGGAAGAGGGCAAGAUUGAUACUGCUAAUUACCCUGGCUUGUAUCCCAGGAACACAAAGUGCCACUGGCUCAUUGAGGCUCCAGCAGAGUAUGUCGUAAAGCUGAAGUUUGAAGACUUCACUGUGGAACUUAGCCCAGGCUACAUUUAUGACGCAGUUACUGUUUACGGUGAUGAAGAAGAAUGGCUGAGCCUCGUUUGCUCUCUGAAGUGCUCUCUUGCAGACACCUGUGGCCUUCCCCCAGUUACUCCCCAGUGGCUGUUCAAGCGUGUUAGCGGGGCUGAGGAGGCCUGUCCUCACUGUUGGCCAUGGCACGCUGCCCUGAAGCUCCUUGGAGACUACCAGUGCAAUGGGGCUGUCAUCAGCCCUACGUAGCUGCUGACAGCUGCCCGCUGUGUGCAGCUAUCCAAUAAAACCUUGCACUGGACUGUGACAGUAGGAGACCGUGACAGAGCCCUGAGAGAGUCAACAAAACAGGUGAGACAGGUGACAACCAUCGUGGUGCAUCCCCACUUCGACGUGCUGAGCUAUGACUCUGACAUUGCCCUGGUGCAGCUAGACGUCCUUCUGGAGUACAAGCUGCUGAGGCCAGUGUGUCUGCCCAACGGCACAGAGACGUUAUCUUUGCCUUCCCUCUGCACCUCAGAGAGCCGAGCUAUGCAGUUGCAGCAGACACAGGUGCCUGUGCUUGAGAAUGAAAUCUGUGAGAGAAAUUACUACUUCAGUCACCUUGGAGGGAUCACAGCCAGGAUGCUUUGUGCUGGCUUUGUUUCUGUGGGAGGCCAGGACUCCUGUCAGGGUGGUUCUGGUGGCCCCUUGGUUUGCAACAAGGAAAAUAAACCAUUUGCUCUUUACAGCAUUGUCAGCUGGGGUGUUGGCUGUGCCAGCCCAAAGAAACCAGGGGUCUAUUCAAGGGUGAGGAUUUUCCUGGACUGGAUAAGACUGCCCAUGAAAG